AUGCAUUCCCUUCGCGAUCUGGACAGCACGGAGGGCACUGUCCAACUACAUGCAGUCACCGAAGACGGCCAUCUGAUUCUCCAUCCAACGCCGAACCCUCACGAUCCCAAUGACCCUCUCCGGUGGCCACGCUGGAAGAAGCACGUCUGCUUCGGCAGCGUCUGUGCCUUCACGUUUCUGACGAAUUAUGCAAUCGGCGGCCUCGCGCCAGCAUUCUAUGGCCUGAGCAUCGAGUUCAACAAGACUCAGACCGAGACCAGCGCCCUCCUCCUAUGGCCUAUCCUCGUUCUCGGAGCUUUCAACUUCUUCUGGGUCCCAUUAGCGAACUAUUUCGGCAAACGACCAAUCUUCGUCGUCUCCUCGCUGCUGCUGAGUCUCUGCUACCUCUGGGGCGCCGUGACGGAUACGUUUACCUCGCUGCUGUGGAGUAACAUCAUCGCCGCUUUUGCUGGAUCAGCCACUGAAGCGGUUGCGGUGGCGACGGUCAAUGAUCUGUACUUCCUGCACGAGCGUGGGAAUAUGAUGAGCUUCUACAUCAACUCGAUUAAUGGAGGCAAUACCAUCGGGCCUCUGAUUUGUGGCUUCAUCAUCACGGGCACGACGUGGCGAGUACACAAAUGGAUAGCGUUUGGUCUUACGUUCGUGAAUUUCCUGGUGGUCGUGCUGUUCUGUCCAGAGACACGGUACUACCGCACUGGCGUUCGAGAAGUGGAAGGACCUGGCAGAGCGUUCGAGGGCUCAUCAGACAUCGAGAUUGCAGCAUCCGCUGGUUGGAACUCUGAGAAAGCUCACGCCACGACAGCCAGUGGUCUUAGCAGUCCCUCGGAAACGCAGGAACAACUUCCAAAAAAGACCUGGAAGCAAGAACUCUCCCUCUGGUCCGGCGUCCCGAAGGAGACGAGCCUCCUCAAGCUCUUCAUCCGCCCCCUCCCACUGAUCGUAUACCCAGCUGUCAUCCUUUCCUUCUUGGGCUUCGCAGUCUCCCUCGCCUGGGUGGUCGCGAUCAACAUCCUCAACCCCUUCGUUCUCCAAGCACCGCCGUACAACUGGAAACCGAGUAUCAAUGGCCUGAUCAAUAUUACCGGCUUGAUCGGGAACGUGAUCGGAGCCUGGCUGGGCGGUUGGGUUGUGGAUCGGUAUUCGGACUGGAGGAGCAAGCAGAAUGGAGGGGUGUUCCAGCCGGAGUGUAGGUUGCAUUUGGUCGUGAUCCCGGCGCUGAUUGUGCCGGCUGGGUGUUUGGCUUUCGGGUAUGGGGUUGCGGAGGAGUUGAAUUGGACUGCGCUCUUCUUCGGCAACGGCAUGGUCUCCGUGGGCCUCACGUUCGUGCCUGUGGCGACGAUGACCUACGUUAGCGACUGCUAUCUCCCAGUCAACGCCGAUGCCCUCGAGCUCGUCAACGGCCUCAAGAACAUUGUCGCCUUUGGCUUCCUCUACGGCGUAGUGCCGUGGGUGACCGAGGCUGGGUACAAGGAUGCUUUUGGCACGCAGGCUGGGAUAUAUGUGCUGGUGCUGUUGGUUACUGUUGUGCCGGUUGUGGUGUUUGGGAGGAGGAUUAGACAUGUUACGGCUGGGUGGAAGGUUAUACUGUAG